UGCCGGGCCAUACGGGGCUGUACCGGACUGCGCUGGGCUGUGCCAGGCCGUACCGGGCCGAACUGGACCGUACUGGGCUGGGCUGGACCACCCGAGCCGUGCUGGGCUGUACCGGACCGUAGCGAGUUGGGCCGUGCCGGGCCGUACUGGGCUGUGCCGGGCCAUACCGGGCUGUGCUGGAGCAGCCCGGGCAGUGCCACACGGAGCGCUGCCGGGGCUCUGCGGAGCUGUGAGCGAGCCCCGCUUGCCCGAGCCAUGGUGGCGGGGAUGCUGAUGCCGCUGGAGCGGCUCCGCUCCAUCCUGGAGCUGCUGUUCCGCGAGGGUGUCCUGGUCGGGGAGCGGGACGGCUGCCCCCGGCGCACCCACCCGCAGCUUCCCGGCGUGGCCAACGUGGAGGUUCGGCGAGCCAUGGCCUCGCUGCGCUCCCGCGGCCUCGUGCGCCAGACGGCGGCCUGGCGACACCUCUACUGGUACCUGACGGACGCCGGCGUGGCUCACCUGCGCCAGUACCUGCGGCUGCCGCCCGACGUGGUGCCCCGCUCCCUGCAGCGCGUCCCGCGCCCCGCCGCCCCCCGCCCCGAGCCCCGCCGCGCCGCCGCCCCGGCGGGCGCUGGCACCCACCGGGCUCGUCCUGCCGGCGCUGAGCGGCUCUACCGCAGGAAGGACGGGGCCGAGGGGCACGUGGAAGGCGUCGCCGUCAGCGCAGGGCGGGGGGUGGGCCAUCAGCCCCCCCAGACCGCCCCGGCCGCAGAUGAGCGAGAUCGUGUCCAGAAGAAAACCUUCACCAAAUGGGUCAACAAGCACCUUAUCAAGGCGCAGCGCCACGUCAACGACCUGUACGAGGACCUGCGGGACGGGCACAACCUCAUCUCGCUGCUGGAGGUGCUGUCGGGUGACACGCUGCCCCGGGAGCGCGACGUCCUCCGGACCUUGCGGUUGCCCCGGGAGAAGGGCCGGAUGCGCUUCCACAAGCUGCAGAACGUCCAGAUUGCCCUCAACUACCUGAAGCACCGGCAGGUGAAGCUGGUGAACAUCCGGAACGAUGACAUCGCCGACGGCAACCCCAAACUUACCCUGGGGCUCAUCUGGACCAUCAUCCUCCACUUCCAGAUCUCAGACAUCCAGGUGACGGGGCAGUCGGAGGACAUGACAGCCAAGGAGAAGCUGCUGCUGUGGUCACAGCGGAUGGUGGAGGAUUACCAGGGUCUCCGCUGUGACAACUUCACCACCAGCUGGCGGGACGGGCGCCUCUUCAACGCCAUCAUCCACCGGCACAGGCCAAUGCUGAUCGACAUGGGCCGGGUGUACCGCCAGAGCAACCUGGAGAACCUGGACCAGGCCUUCACGGUGGCCGAGCGGGAGCUGGGGGUGACGCGGCUGCUGGACCCCGAAGACGUGGACGUGGCGCAGCCAGAUGAGAAGUCCAUCAUCACCUACGUGUCCUCGCUGUACGACGCCAUGCCGCGCGUGCCCGAGGUGCAGGACGGCGUCAAGGCCAACGAGCUGCAGCUGCGCUGGCAGGAGUACUACGAGGUGGUGACGGGGCUGCUGCAGUGGAGCCGGCAGCACUCGGCGCUCUUCGAGGAGCGUCGCCUCCCUGCCAGCUACGAGGAGAUCGAGAUCCUCUGGCGCCAGUUCCUCAAGUUCAAGGAGACGGAGCUGCCGGCUCGGGAAGCCGACAAGAACCGCUCCAAAGCCAUCUUCCAGGCGCUGGAGGGCGCGGUGCAGUCGGGACAGCUGAAGGUGCCCCCCGGGUACCACCCGCUGGACGUGGAGAAGGAGUGGGGGCGGCUGCACGUCGCUGUGCUGGAGCGGGAGAAGCUGCUGCGGGCAGAGUUCGAGAGGCGAGUGCCGGGGGGGGAGCCGGGGGGGCCGGGCAGGGCCGCGCUGGCAUCCACACCCCCCUCCCGCUGCCAAACCACGGGGCCGGGCCGGGGUGGGGUGUCCCGGCCCCCCCCGAGGGGGAACCACAGGGCUGACGUGCGGCUGCUGGCGGCCGGGAAGGCACCACAGAAGGCGGCAGAGGUGGAGAGGGACCUGGACAAGGCGGAUGCCAUGAUCCGGCUGCUCUUCAACGACGUGCAGACCCUCAAGGACGGGCGGCACCCCCAGGGCGAGCAGAUGUACCGUCGCGUGUACCGCCUGCACGAGCGCCUGGUGUCCAUCCGCACCGAGUACAACCUGCGGCUGAAGUCGGGGGCGCCGGUGACCGCGGUGACGGCCGUGCCGGUGACAUCGGCGCAGCGGCGGCCGGAGCCGGACGAGGCCCCGCUGCGCUACCUGCAGGAGCUGCUGGCCUGGGUGGAGGAGAACCAGCGGCGUGUGGCCACGGCCGAGUGGGGCGCGGACCUGCCCACCGUGGAGACCCACCUGGGCGCCCACCGCGGGCUGCACCGCGCCAUCGAGGAGUUCCGCGCCAAGGUGGAGCGGGCACGGGCUGAUGAGACCCAGCUGUCCCCCGGCCCCAGCGGCGCCUACCGGGAGUGCCUGGGCAAGCUGGAGCUGCAGUACGCCAAGCUGCUGAACUCCUCCAAGUCGCGGCUGCGGCACCUGGAGAGUCUCCAUGGCUUCGUCAGUGCCGCCACCAAAGAGCUGCUGUGGCUGAGCGAGCGCGAGGAGGAGGAGGUGGCCUUCGACUGGAGCCACAACAACCCCGCCAUGGCUGCCAAGAAGGAGAGUUACUCGGCGCUGAUGCGGGAGCUGGAGCUGCGGGAGCGGCGGAUCCAGGAGCUGCGGACCACGGGCGAGCGGCUGCUGCGAGAGGAGCACCCUGGGGCGCAGACUCUGGAGGCGUUCCUGGCAGCGCUGCAGACCCAGUGGAGCUGGAUGCUCCAGCUCUGCUGCUGCAUCGAGACCCACCUGAAGGAGAACACCAACUACUUCCAGUUCUUCGCCGAGGUGCGGGAGGCCGAGGAGCUGCUGCGGAAGACGGAGGAGACGAUGCGGCGCAAGUUCAGCUGCGACCGCGGCACCACGGCCACGCGCCUUGAGGACCUGCUGCAGGACCUCGCGGAGCAGAAGGAGCAGCUGGCGGAGUUGGGGGCGCAGCUGGGGGGUCUGUCCCGCCGCGCCAGGACCAUCGUGCAGCUGAAGCCACGCAGCCCCUCGACACCCCUGCAGGGCCGCCCCCCCAUCCAGGCCGUCUGCGACUACAAGCAAAUGGAGGUGACGGUGCACAAGAACGACACCUGCGCCCUGGUGAACCACGCGCAGCCGCAGCAGUGGCGGGUGCUGAGCGCCGCUGGCGGCGAGGCCGUCGUCCCCUCGGUCUGCUUCCUCCUGCCACCCCCCAACAAGGAGGCUCUGGACGCCGUGCACAGGCUGGAGACCGCCCACCAGCAGCUGCUGGGGCUGUGGCAGCGGCUGCACCAGGACCUGCGCAGCCUCCGCGCCUGGCAGUACCUGACCCGGGACAUCCAGCAGAUCCACUCCUGGACGCACGUCACGUUCCGCACGCUGCCGGCCGAGGAGGUGCGUCAGGUCCUGUCCAGCCUGGAGAGGCACUACCAGGAGUUCCUGAGGGACAGCCAGGACUCCCAGAGCUUCCAGCCCGACGACCGGCUGCAGGUGGAGCGCGACUACAACGCCUGCACUCACAAAUACGAGCUGCUGCUGCGUAGCCAGGAGAAAGGAGAGCAGGACGAGUCUCUGUGCAAGAGCUACAUCUCGCAGCUGAAGGACAUCCGGCUGCAGCUGGAGAGCUGCGAGAGCCGCACCGUGCACCGCCUGCGCCUGCCCCUCAAGGCCGACCCGCUGCGCGAGUGCGCCCAGCGCCAGGCUGAGCAGCAGCAAACACACCUGGAGCUGGAGGGCAUCCAGAAGAACCUGGCCAAAGUCAGCGAGAAGACGGAGCAGGUGCUGGCGCAGCCGGAGCAGGCGGGCUCGGCGCCUGUCCUGCGCUCCGAGCUGGAGGUCACCCUGCGGAAGAUGGAGCAGGUGUACAGCCUCUCCAGCAUCUACCUGGAGAAGCUGAAGACCAUCGGGCUGGUGAUCCGGAGCACGCAGGGCGCCGAGGAGCUGCUCCGCAAGUACGAGGAGCAGCUGAAGGACGUGCAGGCGGUGCCCGCUGACCUGGCUGAGCUGGAGGCCAGCAAGGCUGAGCUUAAGCGGCUGCGGGCACAGGCCGAGAGCCACCAGCCCUUCUUCAGCACGCUGGAGACCGACCUCGGCAAGGCCAAGGACGUCAACGAGCGGAUGGUCCGCGGCCACAGCGAGCGGGACGUGGACCUGGAGCGGUACCGGGAGCGGGUGCAGCAGCUGCUGGAGCGCUGGCAGGCCGUGCUGGGCCAGGCUGACCUGCGCCAGCGCGAGCUGGACCAGCUGGGCCGCCAGCUGGGCUACUACCGGCAGAGCUGCGACGCGCUGCGCCAGUGGAUCCGCGAUGCGCGGCAGCGCCAGGAGGCCAUCCAGGCCGUGCCCAUCACCGACAGCCAGGCCGUGCGCGAGCAGCUGCUGCAGGAGAAGAAACUGCUGGAGGAGUGUGAGCAGCACAAGGAGAAGGUGGAGGAGUGCCAGCGCUAUGCCAAGCAGUACAUCGAUGCCAUCAAGGACUACGAGCUGCAGCUGGUGAGCUUCAAGGCACAGGUGGAGCCGGUGGCAUCGCCAGCCAAGAAGCCCAAAGUGCAGUCGGCAUCUGACAGCAUCAUCCAGGAGUACGUGGACCUGCGGACGCAGUACAGUGAGCUGACCACGCUCACCACCCAGUACAUCAAGUUCAUCACCGAGACACUGCGGCGGCUGGAGGACGAGGAGAAAGCCGCCGAGAAGCUGAAAGAGGAGGAGAGGAAGCGGCUGGCGGAGGUGGAGGCGCAGCUGGAGAAGCAGCGGCAGCUGGCCGAGGCCCACGCCAAAGCCAAGGCACAGGCGGAGGCGGAGGCGCGGGAGCUGCAGCUCCGCAUGCAGGAGGAGGUCACCCGGCGGGAGGUGGUGGCCGUGGAUGCCGAGCAGCAGAAGCAGAACAUCCAGCAGGAGCUGAUGCAGCUGCGGCAGAACUCGGACCACCAGAUCAAGUCCAAGGUGAAGAUGAUCGAGGAGGCUGAAUACAACCGCAAGAAAGUGGAGGAGGAGAUCCGCCUCAUCCGCCUGCAGCUGGAGAGCACCGAGAAGCAGCGGGAGAGCGCAGAGACAGAGCUGCAGGAGCUGCGGGCACGUGCCGAAGAUGCUGAGCGGCAGAAGCGGCAGGCACAGGAGGAGGCCGAGCGCCUGCGCCGGCAGGUGAAGGAGGAGAGCCAGAAGAAGCGGGAGGCGGAGGAGGAGCUGAAGCGCAAGGUGCAGGCUGAGCGCGAAGCGGCGCGGGAGAAGCAGAAGGCAGUGGCAGACCUGGAGCAGCUGCGGCUGCAGGCGGAGGAGGCUGAGCGGCGCAUGCGGCAGGCAGAGGCUGAGAAGGACCGGCAGAUCCAGGUGGCCCAGGAGGUGGCCCAGCGCAGCGCUGAGGCCGAGCUGCAGAGCAAGAGGCUCUCUUUCGCCGAGAAGACAGCGCAGCUGGAGCUGUCACUGCAGCAGGAGCACGAUGUGGUGGCCCAGCUGCAGGAGGAGGCUGAACGGCUGAAGAGGCAGCAGCUGGAGGCCGAGCGCUCACGGGAGGAGGCUGAGAAGGAGCUGGAGCGCUGGCGGCAAAAGGCCAACGAGGCGCUGCGCCUGCGGCUGCAGGCCGAAGAGGUGGCGCACAAGAAGUCACUGGCACAGGAGGAGGCCGAGAAGCAGAAGGAGGAUGCAGAGCGCGAGGCCCGCAAGCGCGCCAAGGCAGAGGAGGUGGCCGUGCGGCAGAAGGAGCUGGCGGAGGAAGAGCUGGAAAAGCAGCGGGUGCUGGCAGAGGGCACAGCCCAGCAGAAGCUGGCGGCGGAGCAGGAGCUGAUCCGGCUGAAGGCGGAGAUGGAGAAUGGGGAGCAGCAGCGCCUGCUCCUGGAGGAAGAGCUCUCACGGUUGAAGGGCGAGGUAAACGAGGCCAUCCAGAGGAGGAAAGAGCUGGAGGAGGAGCUGGCCAAGCUGCGGGCAGAGAUGGAGGUCCUGCUGGAGAGCAAGGCCAAGACAGAGGAGGAGUCGCGCUCCAGCAGCGAGAAGUCCAAGCAGCGGCUGGAGGCAGAGGCCAACAAGCUGCGGGAGCUGGCCGAGGAGGCCGCCCGCCUGCGCGCCCUCUCCGAGGAAGCCAAGCGGCAGCGGCAGCUGGCAGAGGACGAGGCCAGCCGGCAACGGGCCGAGGCCGAGCGCAUCCUGAAGGAGAAGCUGGCGGCCAUCAACGAGGCCUCGCGGCUGAAGGCGGAAGCAGAGAUCGCGCUGAAGGAGAAGGAGGCGGAGAACGAGCGGCUGCGGCGGCUGGCGGAGGACGAGGCCUACCAGCGCAAGCUGCUGGAGGAGCAGGCGGCCCAACACAAGCAGGACAUUGAGGAGAAGAUUGCCCUGCUGAAGCGCUCCUCAGAGAGCGAACUGGAGAGGCAGAAGGGGCUCGUGGAGGAUACGCUGCGGCAGCGGCGGCAGGUUGAGGAGGAGAUCCGCGCCCUCAAGGCCAGCUUCGAGAGGGCCUCAGCUGGCAAGAGCGAGCUGGAGCGGGAGCUGAACCGCAUCCGUGGGGAGGCAGAGGAGGUGCAGCGCAGCCGGGAGCAGGCGGAGCGGGAGGCUGAGCGACAGCGGGCACUGGCGCUGGAGGAGGAGGGCCGCCGGCGUGAGGCCGAAGAGAAGGUGCAGGCCAUCCUGGCGGCCGAGGAGGAGGCAGGGCGGCAGCGGCGUCUGGCCCUGGAGGAGGUGGAGCGGCUGCGGGCCAUGGUGGAGGAGGCACGGCGGCAGAAGGAACUAGCGGAAAAGGAGUCAGAGCGGCAGAUCCAGCUGGCACGGGAGGCGGCGCAGAAGCGGAUUGCAGCAGAGGAGAAGGCACACCUGGCUGCUGUGCAGCAGAAGGAGCAGGAGCUGCUGCAGACACGCCAGCAGGAGCAGAGCCUUCUGGACCGGCUGCGUGAGGAGGCUGAGCGGGCCCGGCGGGCGGCUGAGGAGGCCGAGUUUGCCCGUGGCAAGGCCGAGCAGGACGCCAGCUUGUCCCGGCAGCGCGUGGAGGAGGCUGAGCGGCUGAAGCAGCGGGCAGAGGAGGAGGCGCAGGCCAAGGCACAGGCGCAGGCAGAUGCAGAGAAGCUGCGGAAGGAGGCCGAGCUGGAGGCAGCAAAACGGGCGCAGGCAGAGCAGGCGGCCCUGCGGCAGAAGCAGCUGGCCGAUGCCGAGAUGGAGAAGCACAAGAAGUUUGCCGAGCAGACACUGCGGCAGAAGGCGCAGGUGGAGCAGGAGCUGACCAAGGUGAAGUUGCAGCUGGAUGAGACAGACCACCAGAAGGGCAUCCUGGAUGAGGAGCUGCAGCGGCUGAAGGAGGAGGUGACAGACGCCGUCCGGCAGAAGGCCCAAGUGGAGGAGGAACUCUUCAAGGUCCGGGUGCAGAUGGAGGAGCUGGCCAAGCUGAAGAGCCGCAUCGAGGAGGAGAACAAGGCACUGAUCCUCAAGGACAAGGACAACACGCAGAAGUUCUUGGCGGAGGAGGCAGAGAAGAUGAAGCAGGUGGCGGAGGAGGUGGCCCGCCUGAGCGUGGAGGCGCAGGAGGCCGCCCGCAUGCGGCAGCUGGCUGAGGACGACCUGGCGCAGCAGCGGGCGCUGGCAGAGAAGAUGUUGAAGGAGAAGAUGCAGGCGGUGCAGGAGGCCACGCGGCUGCGGGCAGAGGCUGAGAUGCUGCAGAAGCAGAAGGAUCUGGCGCAGGAACAUGCCAAGAAGCUGCAGGAGGACAAGGAGCAGAUGCAGCAGCGCCUGGCUGAGGAGACCGAGGGCUUCCAGAAGACGCUGGAGGCUGAGCGCCGGCGGCAGCUGGACAUCACAGCUGAGGCUGAGCGCCUCAAGCUGCAGGUGGCAGAGAUGAGCAUGGCCCAGGCCAAGGCUGAGGAGGAAGCCAAGCGGUUCAAAAAGCAGGCGGAGGAGAUCAGUGAGAGGCUGCAUGAGACUGAGCUGGCCACACAGGAGAAGAUGACGAUGGUGCACACCCUGGAGAUCCAGCGGCACCAGAGCGAUGAGGAUGCAGAAAAGCUGCGGAAGGCCAUCGCUGACCUGGAGAAGGAGAAGGAGAAGCUGAAACAGGAGGCAGCGCUGCUGCAGCAGAAGGCAGAGGAGAUGCAGGUGGCCCAGCAGGCUCAGCUCCGUCAGGAGACGCAGCUCCUGCAGCAGAGCUUCCUGACGGAGAAAGAUGCCCUGCUGCAGAAGGAGAAGUUCAUUGAGGAGGAGAAAUCGAAGCUGGAGAAGCUCUUUAAGGAUGAAGUGAACAAAGCCCAGAACCUGAAGGCAGAGCAGGAGCGGCAGCAGCGGGAGAUGGAGCAGGAGAAGCAGCAGUUGAAAGCUAUGUUAGAGGAAGCCAAGAAGCAUCAGAAGGAAGCUGAGGAAAAUGUCCGGCACAAGCAGGAGGAGUUACAGCAGCUGGAGAAGCAGCGACAGCAGCAGGAGAAACUUCUGGAAGAAGAGAACAAGAAGCUGAGGGAGAGGCUCGAGCAGAUGCAGGAGGAGUACAAGGCUGCCCUGUCCCAGAGACGGGAGAUCAUGAUCCAGACAGAUGACCUGCCUGGGGAGGUGGUUACGACAACGCAGCUGCUGGACAUCAAGGCUGUGCCCAAUGGCCGGGAUGCAAUGGACGGCUUAGCCCAGAAUGGGGAGCCGGAGUUCGCCUUUGAGGGCAUCCGGCAGAAGGUGUCAGCAGAGAAGCUGGCUGAUGCAGGCAUUCUGAGCAGGGAGAACUUAGACAAGUUGGCAAAGGGUGUUGUGAGUGUGGGCGAGCUCUCUCAGAGGGAGGAUGUCAAGAAGUACCUGCAGGGCAAGAGCAGCAUUGCCGGUUUGCUGAUCAAACCCUCCAACCAGAAGAUGAGCAUCUACGAAGCCAUGAAGAAGAAGCUGCUCAGCCCAGGCACAGCGCUGGUGCUCCUGGAGGCACAGGCUGCUUCUGGCUUCAUCAUUGACCCUGUGCGGAAUGCAAGGCUCUCGGUGAACGAGGCGGUGCGAGAGGGAGUGAUCGGGCCAGAGCUGCACAACAAGAUGCUGUCGGCCGAGCGGGCUGUCACCGGCUAUAAGGAUCCAUACACAGGUGACAAGAUCUCCCUGUUCCAGGCCAUGCAGAAGGAUCUCAUCGUCAGGGACCACGGCAUCCGCCUGCUCGAGGCCCAGAUCGCCACCGGCGGCAUCAUCGACCCUGUCAACAGCCACCGCCUGCCCGUGGAAGCUGCCUACAAGCGUGGCUACUUUGAUGAGGAGAUGAAUCAGGUCCUGUCUGACCCCAGUGAUGACACCAAGGGUUUCUUCGAUCCCAACACUCAGGAGAACCUCACCUACCUGCAGCUCAUGGAGCGGUGCGUGACUGACCCGGACACAGGGCUGUGCCUCCUGCCACUCACUGACCAAGCAGCCAAAGCCAGAGAGCUGGUCUACACCGACAAGGAAGCCAAGGAUGUCUUCAAGAAGGCCACAGUGACAGCACCUUUUGGCAAGUUCCAAGGGAAGACGAUGACCAUCUGGGAGCUCAUCAACUCUGAAUACUUCACUGAGGACCAAAGGCGGGACCUGAUCCAGCAGUACAGGACUGGCAAGAUCACAGUGGAGAAGAUCAUCAAGAUCGUCAUCACGGUUGUGGAGGAAAGUGAGAAGAAGAGCCAGAUGUGCUUUGAGGGCCUGCGGGGCCCCGUGCCCGCUGCCGAGCUGCUUGAGAGCAAGAUCAUCAACAAGGACCUCUACAACCAGCUGCACCAGGGCAAGAAGUCCAUAAAGGAUGUGGCAGAGAUGGAGUCCGUACGGCAGUACCUGAAGGGCACGGAUGCCAUUGCUGGUGUCCUGGUGGAGUCUACAGGCCAGAAGCUCACCUUCUACGAGGCCCUGAAGAGAAACCUGCUGAAGCCAGAGGUUGCCCUGUCCCUGCUGGAGGCACAAGCUGCCACUGGCUACAUCAUUGACCCCGUGGCUAACAAGCUCUUCUCCGUGGAUGAGGCAGUGAAGGCCGAGGUGGUGGGGCCAGAGUUCCACGAGAAGCUGCUGUCAGCAGAGAAGGCGGUGACUGGCUACAAGGAUCCCUACACAGGUCAGACGGUUUCCCUCUACCAAGCACUCCAGAAGGGCCUCAUCCCCAGCGACACUGGGCUCCGGCUGCUGGACGUCCAGCUUGCCACUGGUGGCAUCAUCGACCCCGUCAACAGCCACCGGCUCCCGCUUGAGGUUGCCUACAAGCGCGGCUACUUCGACCCAGAGAUAAACAAGGCUCUGACUGAGUUCCAAGAUGAAGCCAAGGCUUUCUACUGUCCCAACACCCAGGAACACCUCACCUAUGUGCAGCUGCAGAAGAGUUGCCACCGCGACAAGCAGACUGGCCUGCGCCUGCUGCCCCUGUCUGACAAGGCAAUCCAGUCACAGCAGGAGGAGAUCUACACCGACAGCCAGGCCAAGGAGUGCUUUGACAAAGCAACCAUAGAGGUCCCAGUGGGCAGCAUGAAGGGCCAGACAAUGACCAUCUGGGAGCUGAUCCACUCUGAAUACUUCACAGAGGAGCACAGGCGGGAGCUGCUCCGACAGUACAAGACCGGCAAAGUGACCAUCGAGAAGAUCAUCAAGAUUGUGAUCACCAUCAUCGAGGAGGCAGAAACCAAAAAGCAGGAGAAACUGACAUUCAGUGGUCUGCGGGCACCAGUGCCAGCCAGCGAGCUGCUGGAGUCCUGCAUCAUCAGCAAAACCCAGUACGAGCAGCUGAAGGAAGGCAAGAAAUCAGUGAAGGACCUCUCUGAGACAGAUGCAGUCAGGAGAUUCCUGCAUGGCAGCGACUGCAUUGCCGGUGUCUAUGUAGAGGCCACCAAGGAGAAGCUGAACAUCUAUGAGGCCAUGAAGAGGAACCUGCUGAGACCCAGCACAGCCGUGGUCCUCCUGGAGGCCCAGGCAGCCACUGGGUUCUUGAUUGACCCUGUGAAGAACCGUAAACUGUACGUCAACGAGGCGGUGAAGGCUGGCAUUGUCGGGCCUGAGCUGCACGAGAAGCUGCUGUCGGCUGAGAAGGCUGUCACUGGGUACAAGGAUCCCUACUCGGGUGAUACCAUCUCCCUGUUCCAGGCCAUGAAGAAAGGGCUUAUUGUCAAGGAGCACGGCAUCCGUCUGCUCGAGGCCCAGAUCGCCACCGGUGGCAUCAUUGACCCCGUGCACAGCCACCGCCUGCCCGUGGAGGUGGCCUACAAGCGUGGCUACUUCGACGAGGAGAUGAACCGGACCCUCUCCGACCCCACUGAUGACACCAAGGGCUUCUUUGACCCCAACACUCAGGAGAACCUCACCUAUGUGCAGCUGAAGGAGAGGUGCAUCGAGGAUCCCGAGACAGGCCUAUACCUGCUGCCGCUGCGGGAGCCUGAGAAGCAAAAAGUGGUGGAAACCACUCACAUGUACACAGAAGAAGAGACACGGAAGGUGUUUGAGGAGACACAGGUGGACAUCCCUGUGGGCAGCCGGGCAGGCUCCUCCAUGUCACUGUGGGAUGUCAUGCACUCAGACCUGCUGCCUGAGGAGCAGCGUAAACACCUCAUGGAGGAGUUCCAGUCGGGCCGCGUGUCCAAGGAGCGCAUGAUCAUCAUUAUCAUCGAGAUCAUCGAGAAGACUGAGAUCAUCCGGCAGCAGAAUCUAACAUCCUAUGACUAUGUCCGGCGCCGCAUCACAGCCGAGGACCUCUACGAGGCCAAGAUCAUCACACAGGACAUCUACAACCUGCUGAAACAGGGCUCCAAAACCUUCCGGGAGCUCCUGGAUGUGGAGACUGUCUGGAAGUACCUUUAUGGGUCAGGCUGUGUGGCUGGCAUCUACAUCCCCUCCUCCAAGCAGACACUCAGUGUCUACCAGGCGCUGAAGAAGGGCCUGAUCAAUUCCGAAGUGGCCCGCUCCCUCCUGGAGGCCCAGGCAGCCACCGGCUUCAUGAUCGACCCCACGAAGAAUGAAAUGCUGACUGUUGAUGAGGCAGUCAGGAAGGGCGUGGUGGGGCCAGAGAUCCACGACCGGCUCCUGUCUGCAGAGAGAGCUGUGACCGGCUACAGGGACCCCUACAGUGAACAGAAGAUUUCCCUCUUCCAGGCCAUGAAGAAGGAUCUCAUUCCCAGCGAAGAGGCCCUCAAGCUCCUAGACGCCCAGAUCGCCACCGGCGGCAUAAUUGACCCUCACCUGGGCUUCCACCUGCCCCUGGAGGUGGCCCUCCAGCGGGGCUUCAUCAACAAGGAAACGUAUGACAUGCUGUCGGAGCCCAGCGAGGUGCGCAGCUACGUGGACCCCUCCACAGAUGAGAAGCUCAGCUACACGCAGCUGCUGAGGCGGUGUCGGAAGGACGAGAACUCCAGGCUCCUCCUGCUCCCGCUCUGCGACACACGGAAGCUCACCUUCCGGGGCCUGCGGAAGCAGAUCACUGUGGAGGAGCUGGUCCUCUCACAGGUGAUGGACGAAGCCACAGCCCAGCGCCUCCAGGAGGGUCUCACCUCUGUCGAGGAGGUCUCUAAGAACCUGAAGAAGUUCCUGGAGGGCACCAGCUGCAUCGCUGGCGUCUUUGUGGACUCCACAAAGGAGCGUCUGUCCAUCUACCAGGCCAUGAAGAAGGGGAUCAUCCGGCCUGGCACUGCCUUCGAGCUCUUGGAGGCACAGGCAGCCACGGGCUACGUGAUUGAUCCCAUCAAGGGGCUGAAACUGACAGUGGAGGAAGCUGUGCGCAUGGGCAUUGUGGGCCCCGAGUUCAAGGACAAGCUGCUCUCUGCCGAGCGGGCCGUCACCGGCUACCGGGACCCCUACACCGGAAAGCUCAUCUCCCUCUUCCAGGCGAUGAAGAAGGGUCUGAUCCUGAAGGACCACGGCAUCCGCUUGCUGGAGGCACAGAUCGCCACGGGAGGCAUCAUUGACCCUGAGGAGAGCCACCGCCUGCCUGUGGAGGUGGCCUACAAGAGGGGCCUCUUUGACGAGGAGAUGAACGAGAUCCUGCUGGACCCUAGUGACGACACCAAGGGCUUCUUCGACCCCAACACAGAGGAGAACCUCACCUACCUGCAGCUCAUGGAGCGGUGCAUCACAGACCCAGAGACCGGCCUCUGCCUCCUGCCUCUGAAGGAGAAAAAGCGGGAGAGGAAGACCUCCUCCAAGUCCUCCGUCCGCAAGCGCCGCGUGGUGAUCGUUGACCCGGAGACCGGCAAGGAGAUGUCCGUCUACGAAGCCUAUCGCAAGGGCCUCAUUGACCACCAGACUUACCUGGAGCUGUCAGAGCAGGAGUGCGAGUGGGAGGAGAUCACCACCUCCUCCUCCGAUGGCGUGGUGAAGUCAAUGAUCAUCGACAGGCGCUCGGGGCGCCAGUAUGACAUCGAUGAUGCCAUUGGCAAGGGUCUGAUUGACCAGUCAGCCCUGGACCAGUACCGCUCAGGCACCCUCUCCAUCACUGAGUUUGCUGACAUGCUCUCUGGCAACAUGGGUGGCUUCCGGUCGCGGUCAUCCUCAGUUGGAUCCUCCUCCUCCUACACUGUCAGCCCAGCCCUGUCACGGACUCAGAUCUCCAUGUGGACUGACCCAACCGAAGAGACUGGGCCAGUGGCAGGCAUCCUGGACACGGACACCCUGGAAAAGGUGUCCAUCACGGAGGCGAUGCGCCGCAACCUGGUGGACAACAUCACAGGGCAGCGGCUGCUGGAAGCCCAGGCCUGCACCGGAGGCAUCAUCGACCCCAACACUGGUGACAAAUGCACCGUCGCUGAUGCGGUCACCAAGGGCCUGGUUGACAAGAUCAUGGUGGACCGCAUCAACCUGGCACAGAAGGCCUUCUACGGCUUUGAGGACCCGCGGACCAAGACAAAGAUGUCGGCGGCGCAGGCCCUGAAGAAGGGCUGGCUGUACUAUGAGGCCGGGCAGCGGUUCCUGGAGGUGCAGUACUUGACAGGGGGCCUGAUCGAGCCUGAUGCCCCAGGCCGUGUCUCCCUGGAUGAGGCGCUGCAGAAGGGCACCAUCGACGCACGGACUGCCCAGAAGCUGCGGGAUGUCAACACCUAUUCCAAGUACCUCACCUGCCCCAAGACCAAGCUCAAGAUCUCCUACAAGGAUGCCAUGGACCGGAGCAUGAUCGAGGAUGGGACCGGCCUGCGGCUGCUGGAGGCCUCCUCCCAGUCCAGCAAGGGCUACUACAGUCCCUACAACAUCAGCAGCGCCGGCUCCACCUCCGGAUCGCGCUCGGGCUCUCGCACCGGCUCCCGCUCAGGCUCCCGGCGCGGCAGUUUCGACGCCACUGGCUCCGGCUUCUCCAUGACCUUCUCUUCCUCCUCCUACUCCUCCUCGAGUUUUGGGCGCAGAUACACGGGGAGUACCCAGGGCACCAUGGAGGAGGCUGCCCUUGCCCUCGCCCUGGCCACAUCCAGAAGCUGCGGGUGGGAGGCGAGCAGGGAGUGCCCCGGGGUGUCUGGGCCCCUGCUCCACGUGCGAGGAGGGGGCUCUGCACCCCAGCCCCCCGAGCUGCCCCAUCUCCCUGCCUUGGCCUCCUGGCACGUCCCCACCACCACGCCGCAGAGCCGGUGCCCUGACCGUAAGUGCCGCGCUGGCGCUGCCCGGUGCUUCCGCGCCAUGCGGGGGGACCUGCCUCCGCUCGCCACUUCACCCGCCGAGGGGCUUCGCUGCGUGCCUGCCUCCGCCAGCCCACCCGCUCACCCGUCCUCCGGGACGCGCCUGCCGCGGUCGGCCGGUCUGUCUACGUCUUUUUCCAGUCCCAACAAAGACCUCCCAGUGCCGCUGGGCGAGCUCCUGAGCUGGGUCUCCGACAUCAGCAGGUCGUGGAUGGGCUCGAGGGGAGCCCCAGAGGCGGCAGCUGCUCAGCCAUGCUCACCUGCACAGGUGCGCGGCGCUGCGGGAGACGCCGGGCUCACCGGAGAUGGCGUGGAGGGGUCACCAUGGGGCAGGGAGGAGAUGGAGAGGUACGGGCACCGCUGGGCGCUGCCAGACGGGCCGUAUCGGGGGCUGCGGGCGUGCCCGGGUGUCCGCACCGUGCCGGGGGUGCUGCUGAACCCUUGGCGGCAGUCUGGGAGCCUGUCUGCGGUCCGAGCAGAGGCUGGAGGUGCAGGAGCAGCUGCUUGCCCUGCGGCACUGGCUGGACGCCGUAGAGAAGCGGCUGCUGGCGCUGCCAGAGCCCGGCACGGCCCUGCAGGCCGGGAUUUGAGGCGGGGGCCCGGCGCCCGCGCCAUGGGGAACUCGGUGAGUCGGCCCAGCUGCCUGGGCGAGAAGAGCCGGCGGCCGGAGGAGCUCCUGCGGGAGCCGGGGCUGGACGCGGGGCAGCCAUCCGCCGGAGGCGUCACGGAGGCCCGGCCCGAGCUGCUGGAGAAGGCACCGGUGCCGGUGGAGAAUGGCUGGAGCCCGGUGCCCGCUGCCGCGCGGAGCCGGCAGGGCAGCCCGGUGCUGAGGCGCAGCCAGUCCGAGGUGGCGGUGCAGAACGGGGGUGCAGCUGCGGUGAGGGGGCAGGUGGGGGGCGCAGCCUGGACGCCCCCCCGGGCCAGCGUUCCCCGCAGCACCUGGUCCUGGAAACCCGUCACCACCCGGGAGGUGACGGAGGUGACGGAGGUGACCGAGACCAUCGUGACGGAGAUCGUGGAGGUGACCGAGUACCCGGCGGGUGAGAAGGGUGGCGAGCCCGUGGUCACCCGGACGGUCACCGUGCUGACGGAGUGCGUGGGGGAGCUCACUGCUGCUGGCUGCGCCGGACACACGGACGCCACCGAGGUGUCCUCACGGGCUGUCCCUGUCCCAGAGGAGGCAGCGGAGCGGGGCCAGGAGACGCUGGAGCGGCUGCUGGCCUGGGUGGCCGACAUGGAGGAGUUGGUGAGCAACCAGAAGCCGCCGUCGGCGGAGGCGAAGGUGGUGAAGGCGCAGCUGGAGGAGCAGAAGCUCCUGAAGCGCCUGCUGGAGGAACGGAGGCCACGUGUGGAGCUCGUCCUGCAGGACAGACUGACGGCACAGGGCUCGGGCACAGCCGAGGGCAGUGCCGACCUCUUCAGCCUCGGGGAGAGGUGGGACAAGCUGAUGCAGGAGGCUGAAGCCAGGUACGGCUGCCUGGAGCGGAUCCUGCCGGCAGCCCAGGGCUUCCAGGAGGCCGUAGACGCCUUCCAGGAGUGGCUCAGUGCCACAGAGCGGCAGCUGGCCCAGCUCUGGCGUGCUGACGGCUGUGUUGGCCGCGUGCAGGAUGCCCACCAGCAGACCCAGGCCCUCUGUGAGGAGAUCCGUGGGCGGCUGGGAGAGCUGGAUGGCGCCCUGGAGAGCGGGCAGCGCGUCCUGGAGCUGGUGACAGGGGAGGAGGCCCAGCUGACACAGGAGAAGAUGGAGUCACUGAGGAUGCGGUACCUCAUCGCGGGCCAGAGCAGUGCUGACACCGCUCACCGGCUGGGGCAGACCCUGGAGGCCUCGUCUCGCCUGGGCACGGCCCCUGAGGACCUGGCACUGUGGCUGAGCCGCAUGGAGAAGGAGCUGGGCGAGCGGGAGAGCCAGCAGGAUGGCCAGGAGCCCUCAGUCACUGCCAGUGACAGGGAGAAGUUUGAGCAGGUCCUGGAGUCCCAGCUGAGCCGUGUGGCUGGGCUGGGUGAGCGGCUGGAGGAGAUUGGCCGCGUGCAGCUGGACGCUGAGGCUCUCCACUCGCAGCUCUCUGAGCAGAAGCUGCUCUCCGCCGAGAUCCUGCAUUGCCGGGGCCUGGUUGAGCGUCUGCUGGGGUUCUCGGAGCCGCUGCUGCGCUGCUGCCCUGAGCCCCUGCAGCAGCGCCUUCAGCCGUCGGUGCAGGCGCUGCGGGAGCGCACGGAGCAGCUGUCCCUGCGCAGCGGAGCCUGUGCCGUGCAGCUGGAGCACGCCCAGUCCCUGCUCACCCAGUUCUCCGAGGCCCUCGAGGAGCUGCUGCCCUGGCUGGAGGAGACGCAGGCCCUGGGGGUGCAGCUCUCGCCCAACGCCAUCAGCUACGAGGCCUUCAAGGAGCAGCAGGCGCUGCUGCAGAGCCUGCGGGAGGCCAUCGCCGAGCACCGGCCGCUGGUGGGGAAGCUGCAGCGCGUCUCAGCACAGCUGCUGGAGCUGAGCCCGGAGCAGGGAGCCCCGUUCCAGCGGCGCUGGCAGGAGGUGGAGGAGCAGUACGGCCACAUCCGCGAGCGCGUGCGCCAGGCAGCGGCUCUGCUGGAGGAUGCCCUGCCGCGAUACAGCCAGCUGUCGGAGCGCAUGGAUCUGCUGCUGGAGUGCCUGGAGCGGCUGCAGAGCCGGCUGCAGAGCCAGCCCCCUGUCCGCGGCGACGCGGCCCACUUGAGGGAGCAGAUCCGGGAGAACAGCCUGGCCCUGGGCGAGCUGGAGAAGCUCGGGGUGGCCCUGGAGGGCAUCCGUGCACAGGGCGAGGAGCUGCUGGCCACCGUGCAGGCGGUCAGCUCCGACGCCGCGGACAGAGGGAUCCAGGAGCGCACGGCGCAGCUGCUGUCACAGUGGGGCUGCCUGCGCGGCCGCUGCCAGGAGCAGGAGCGGUGGCUUCGGGAGCUGCUGGCACUGGCCGAGCGCUUCUGGCAUGGCCUGUCUGAGCUGGCCGUGGCGCUCAGCGACACCCAGCAGCUGGUGCUGGGGCUGGAGGAGGCCGGUGGCGAGCCCGAGGCCAUCCGCACGCGGCUGCGCACCAUGCAGGCUCUGCGGGAGGAGAUCGACGCGCUGCAGGGUGAGCUGGACACGCUGGGCAGCCUGGGCGUGGAGCUGAUGGCGUCCUGCGGGGACCCCGACAAGCCCGAUGUCACCAAGAGCCUGGACGAUCUCUACUCCUCCUGGCACAGCCUGAGCCGCGUGUGGACGGAGCGGAACGGGCGCCUCGAGGAGCAGCUCCAGGCCGCCCUCAGCUACCAGGACACCAUGCAGCGGCUGCUGGAGUGGCUGGACGCCGCCGAGCUGCGCAUCGCCGAGGAGUUCCUGGUGGGCGGGGACCUGGACAUGGUGCAGCAGCAGCUGGCGGAGCUCAAGGAGUUCAAGCGGGAACUGUACCAGUGCAAGGUGGAUGUGGAGAGCCUGCGGCACCAGGGGGGCGCGGGGCAGGGGGACCCCCCGGCCGCGCUCAGCGACUUCCGCCAGCGCUGGGACCACCUGGAGGAGGAGAUCGUCAGCCGGCAGCACCAGCUGGAGGCGGCGCUGCUGGGGCUGGGGCAGUUCCAGCACCAGCUGGCCGAGCUGCUGCAGUGGCUGAGCCGCACCGGGGAGCAGCUGCGCGGCCCCGCGCCCCUGCGGCCCGACCUGCAGAGCUGCGAGAUCGAGCUGGCCAAGCACAAGGUGCUGCGCACCGACGUGAUGUCCCACGCCCGCACGGUGCAGUCGGUGACCGAGGCUGGCCAGGGGCUGCUGCUCUCCAGCCUGGGCGAGAGCGUGGAGGGGCUGCAGCGCAGCCUGCAGCAGCUGGAGCAGCACUGGGAGCUGGUGCGCAGCGAGACCGAGAGCCGGCAGCUGGAGCUGGAGAACAACCUCAGCCAGGUGCAGGACAUCACGCUGGAGAUCACGGAGCUGCUGCAGUGGCUGGAGCAGGUGGAGCUGCAGCUCUUCUGCUCCAAGCCGGCCUGGGGCCACCCGGAUGCCACCAAAGAGAAGCUCAACGCGCACCUGGAGCUGUGCCGGGAGCUGGAGGCGCGGGCCGUCACCUACCGGGGGCUGCGGGAGCGGCUGCAGCGCCUGCUGGACUCGUGCCGCGCCGGCCGGCCCUGCAGCACCGAGCACAGCCUGCGGCUCCUCGAGCAGAAGUGGGAGAGCGUCCAGGCCGAGGCCCAGGAGAGGAAGGAGCGCCUGGCCGAGGGGCUGACGGUCACCACCGAGUUCCACGGCUCCGCGCAGGAGCUGCUGCGCUGGGUGGCCCACGCCGAGGAGCUGCUGGGGUCCCCCGCGCCCCCCAGCUUCGUCCUGGACACCGUCACCGCGCAGAUCCAGGAGCACAAGGCCCUGGUGAAGGAGGCGAACGCCCACGGGGAGAAGCUGGGCGGCCUGGAGGCCGUGGCCGCGCGCCUGAAGGAUUUCAGUCGGAAGCAGGACGGGGCCGUCAUCCAGAACCUGGUGCUGGCGGCCCGGGAGCGGCUGGGCAAGGUCCUGCAGCGGGCAGCAGAGAGGGGGGCGGUGCUGGAGGAGGCCCGAAAACGCAGCAAGCAGUUCAGCGAGUCCCGGCGGCUGCUUCUGGACUGGAUGGACGAGGUGGAGCAGAGCCUGGAGGUGCCGCAGGACGCUGCCACCAGCCAGGAGGAGAUCAAGUGCCAGCUGGCUGAGCACAAGGCAUUCCAGAAGGUGCUGCGGGCAAAGCGGCCGGUGUACGAGGCGACGCUGCGGAGCGGGCGGGCGCUGCGGGAAGGGGCGCGGCUGCCCCAGGACCUGCAGCCGCUGGAGGAGCUGCUGGGGGAGCUGAAGGAGCGCUGGGAUGCGCUCUGCAGCCACGCCGCGGAGAGGCAGCACAAGCUGGAGGAGAACCUGCUCUUCUCGGGCAAGUUCACGGACGCGCUGCAGGCGCUCAUGGACUGGCUGUACCGCGCCGAGCCGCAGCUCAGCGAGGACGUGCCCGUCGGAGGGGACCGCGACCUGGUCGGGGACCUCGUGGACAAGCACAAGGUGUUCCAGAAGGAGCUGGGCAAGCGAGCCAGCUGCAUCAAGACGCUGAAGCGCUCGGUGCGGGACCUGACGCGCGGCAGCAGCAGCGUGGACUCGCAGUGGCUGCAGCGGCAGGUGGAGGAGCUCAGCACCCGCUGGGACCUGGUCUGCAAACUCUCCCUGUCCAAGCAGGCCCGGCUGGAGGCGGCGCUGCGGCAGGCGGAGGAGUUCCACACGCUGGUGCACUCCUUCCUGGGGCGCCUGACCGAGUCGGAGAAGACCCUCAAGUACGGAGUGUUCCCCGAGGAGGAGGCGGCCGUGCAGGAGUGCCAGGCCCAGCUGCAGGAGCUGAUGCAGUCCUUGCAGUGCCAGCAGCUGGAGCUGGAGUGCAUCACCUCGCUGGGGGAGGAGAUCCUCAGCACCUGCCACCCCGACUCCGUCAUCACCAUCAAAUCCUGGGUCACGGUCGCCAAGAGCCGCUUCCAGGAGGUGCUGAGCUGGGCGCAGCAGCAGGGCGAGCGGCUGCGGGCGCAGGCGGCCGCGCUGGCGGCAGAGCGGGAGGAGACGGAGCAGCUGCUGGACUGGAUCACGGCGGCCGAGGAGGCGCUGGGGCUGCGCGACCAGGAGCCGCUGCCCGAGGAGGCCGAGCAGCUGGAGGAGCUCAGCGCCCAGCACGCGGUGUUCAUGGAGGAGCUGAACCGCAAGCAGCCUGACGUGGAGAAGGUGACCAAGAGCUGCAAGCGGAAGCUGGCGGUGGAUCUGGGCCCCCCGGCCACCCGCCGACUGGCCACACGUCGCCGCAGCGGGGGGAAGGCGCAGGGCACGGCGGCCGUGCCGCUCGGGGGGCUGGAGCCCCAGACCCCCCUCAUGGCCCAGCUGCUGCACCGCUGGCAGCAGCUCUGGCUGCUGGCCCUGGACCGGCAGUACCGGCUGGAGACGGCCCUGCAGCGCCUGCGGGAGCUGGAGGAGUUCGCGCACUUUGACUUCGGGGUCUGGAGGAAGCGCUACAUGCAGUGGAUCAGCCAGAUGAAGUCCCGCGUCCUGGACGUGUUCCGCGGCAUCGACAGGGACCAGGACGGGCGCAUCAGCCAGCGGGAAUUCGUCGAGAGCGUCCUCGCCUCCAAGUUCCCCACCAACGUCCUGGAGAUGAAUGCCGUGGCCACCAUCUUCGACAUGAACGGCGACGGCUUCAUCGACUACUACGAGUUCGUCAGCGCCCUGCACCCCAACCGGGACCCGCUGCGCCGCUCCGCCGACGCCGAUCAGAUCCAGGACGAGGUGAACAGGCAGGUGGCCCAGUGCAACUGCGCCAAGCGUUUCCAGGUGGAGCAGAUCAGCGCCAACAGGUACCGGUUCGGGGAGUCCCAGCAGCUGCGGAUGGUGCGGAUCCUGCGCAGCACCCUCAUGGUGCGGGUGGGUGGGGGCUGGAUCGCCCUGGACGAGUUCCUGGUGAAGAACGACCCCUGCAGAGUGAAGGGAAGGACCAACCUGAAGAUCAACGAGAAGUACCUGUCCUCCGACGUCUUCGGGGCCGCCGCCAGGUGUGCCGGCAACCAAUCUGCGGCCUCCUCCAAAGUGCUGUCCCCGAGCCGCUCCAACUCCAGCCUCAGCCUCUACAGCAGCGCCUCGGCCCCCAGCAGCCCCCUGGCCAGGAAGUCGGUGCUGCGGAGGACGCGCUCCGGGGACCGCUGUCCGCGCUCCCGGGGCUCGGGGCUGCCCGACGGAGCCGAGCUGCAGUUCAGCGCGGCUGAGGAGAGCCUGGCUGUGGCACCCCCAGAGCCGCCCGAAGGGUCCCCCCCGGAGCGCUGCAGCCCCUGCCGCUGACCCCCGCGCCCGCCCUGCGCCCAGCACCCUCGGCCGGCCCCACUCAGGACCCUCCUCCACCGGGCUGGAGGGCGGCGAAGCCGCGGCCGCGCUCCCCGCGGGUCUCCGGCCCGGCGCUGCGGCCCCCCGAGCGGGGCUGAGCUGUACGCCCGCCAGCGAUCCCGCCGGGGCCCGUUCCAGAGGAUAUGCAAGUAUCUCCCGACACCCACCAAGCCCCCGGGCUCUGGUCUCCCGCCCCACGGCUCCAGCGGGCGGCGAGGGGGGGGUCUGAGCCCCGGUGCCCCGCUCCGAGUGCCCGGGGCUGUGGGGCCAGCCGGGCCCCCCCCGCCGGGCUCUGCCCUUCUGCCGUGUCGCCAGCUCAGGGCGGCUGCGGUACCCCCGGCGUCCGGCCUUGCUGACGGGGGUCCCCAUCGUGCCUCCCACGCCCCGGCGGGAGGUGGCCGGGCUCGGCAGCCGGGCACCGGGGACCCCCGGCCGGAUGCCGAGCCCCGUUUCUGGUGCUAACCCUCACCCCUCGGCCUUCGGUGUGCGCGCACGGGCCCCCGGCUCUUU